AUGCUGCCUAGUGCAAGGGCAGGCCAGUCUCCUAUUCGGGCUCCGCCGAGAGGAAGGGCAGGGCACAUUGGAGAAGGCCGACAAUCGGGCUCGAGGUCAAGCAGCAUCGAUUCCGCUACGUCUGAACGUACAACAACAUUGCGUAGACGAUCCAUAGCGGACUUCUCUGAUGAUGAGGAAAACUCAUUGGGAGAAUUAAACACGCGAAGCUCGUCUCUCAUCCGGCCGGCUUCCGGCUUCCAGUGGGGGCAGACCGAAAGGCAGACUGGCUUUGGGUUUGUAGGAUCCUCAGCGUUCUCUUUAUUCCAGUCAAAGCAGUCCAAUGUAGGCAACGCAAGCAGCACACAAUCAGUAGCACCACCGUCUGGCACUGCAUCGUCGGCGUCGGUAUUGCCUUCAAAAGUGUUCAGGGGAAAUACCUGUAAUAUCCCCGCAAAUGACAACGAUUCGCCUUCGGUAUCCGCAGAAGCUCCUACUGUAGACCAUGAUGACACUUCGGCCGAAUCUGCUCGAAGUUUUACCGCUUCAUCGAUAAUUGUGCCCUCCACUGACGCGCCGUUUCGGCCAAACGGUCAGAGAUCGGAACAAGAAGGUCCAUUUAAAAACGCAGCAGCAGCUAGUGCACGAUCAUCCGUGGCACAAGAAACCGAGUUGGGAGCACGCCAGACGUAUGCAGAUCCCUGGAGCCCUUCAAGCGUGCCACCUGAGAUUAACCAUGCACCUAUUGAAGACGGCAUACCUGCAUUAGAAUCCACGUCGAUCCAAGACCUACAACCCUCCCAAAGUAUGGUCAACUCGUCACCGCCCUCAAGACCACAACCGUCAGCAACCGACGUACCGUCUUCUACAUCUGCGCAAACCAUUGAGGUGACAAGUGCACUGCUGUCUCCUGCAAAGACAUCGGAAACCAAUCUUGCUGUCAACUCGAAGGCUGCUUCGUCGCAGCGUGCUAACGUCCCCAAGCAGAAGAAAAGGAAGUUAAAGAAGGACAGCGAAAGGAAGCGAGGAAGUUUCAGGGUAGAGAUGUAUCCCUCUUCGUCUGCGCCUGGUUCUGAACCCGAGCGAGCUUUCUCUACUCUCCCAGGAAAACCGUUAUUCUCGAUUACGGAUUCCAUCUCUCCCCAUACCACGCCUUUGCCUUAUUUCGAAUACAAGGAACGCGGGAAACGGACCCAGCCUGCGCAAUAUAAUCAAACAGAUGCUGCGUCCACGAGAAGCGCAACCACUCCAGCAAGCACUAUUCAUGACCUUUCUGAUUGCCAGCUUUCUGAGGGCGGCGGCACUGGUUUGACCGGGGAACCCUCCUCCGGUGACGUCGACACUGGCAUGUCGAUAUGUGACUAUGAUCAACCUCAGGUUGGUACGUCCGAGUAUCUGGACGCUUGCUCAUCUUUGGCCUCAUUACCGGAACCCCUUUCGCAAGCUGUACAAUUUAUGGGGGAAAUGUCCUCUGGAAAUCAAGCCACAAUAACGACGAACACACUGAGGCGCCAAGAAACAAUAAGCUAUACGUCUUUGGACCUCUUGGACGAGCGCACUGCUUCUGCGCCUGUUGAAAACUGUUCUGUUUCUGUGGUGAUUGAAGACAAGAGGCUAGGACAAGAGGAAUCGUCUUUCGUCGAGCUGAUAUUGCCUCUAAGGUCAGAUGGAAGAGACGGUUUCUGGCUUGACGUGGUCCCUUUAUGCAAUGCCUUGCAGAGUGGACCCUCAAGGAUUGAUGGACCCGCGAAAGUAUGUGCGUUUCGAGGUAGAUUCAAACAAUACUUCCUCCGUAUCUCGACGGAAAACGUCGAUAACUUUGCCCCUGCGAACCUCUACGUCCCUAGGAAUUGCUUUCUCCGGAUAAUUGUCGAACCUAUUGGACCUUGUACUCAUUAUCUCGCUAAUGCGGCCUCUUCAUACGCGAUGCUGCCACGCUCGUCCAGUACUUCUACCCAGCUUGCUUCGCCUGCUUUAUCGGAGGAACGACUUCUUCCAGCGUCUAACGCGCCUGCAACCAUACCUAUCAACGCACCCAUUCCUGCACCUGCACCCGCACCCGUGCCUACACCCGCCGCUUGCCCUUCUCGGACUAAUAAGCGCAAAAGAGAGGAGCCUCCGGUGGCUAAUCCUAGAGAUGCUGCAACUUCUCGUGGCUCUACCUCCAGUACUUUUGCUGCUAGAAAUGAAACAGAGGUAGAAGAUCCCAUGGCUCCUCGAAAAUCUUAUUACCGAACGCAAUAG